UUUGAUGGAUCAUCUCCACCUUCUGCUAUAGUCGCCGUUGACACAAAUCUGGACACAUCCACUCCUGACACUUAUCGGGCACCCCCUGCACCAUUGCCUUAUGAUGUUAGUUUGCCAGUUACAGAAAACCCAGAUCUGGAGAAGUCAGAUAUCAAAAGCAAAACAGAUGAUCAGCAGGAAUCUCUGAAGGUGGAUGAAUACGAAUCAUGUGAAAAAGGUGCCCCUGAAGAUAAGAUCGAGGAGGAGGAUGUUUGCCCUAUCUGCCUUGAAGGUUGCUUUUCUCUUGAUCAUUUGUUGGUACUGUCUUUACUUGGUUGGUUGUGGAACUGGAUGAACAUGUUUGUGCUACUCUUCCAUUCGUUAUCAUUAUUUCCACAGUUUUUUUUGUUCAAACAUAUACACAUAGUGAAAGUUGGCCACCGUAAUAAAACUGAGUACACCAUGACUACCCCCAAUUGAUUAAUAUUUCUUGAUUUUCCUUCUUUUAUAUGCAUGCCUAAUCUCUGAUUUAUCCAUAUAUAUGUUGGCCGACAGAAAACGGUCGAAUCUUAGUGCUGCUGCCCCAUGAACACAUUUUUUUAAUUUGACUGUACAUUCAAAUGAAGCCAAGUGGAGUAGUAUACUGGUAGUAUAGUAUAAUAAUAUUAUCAAAAGGUAAAUGCCCUGAUUAUUUAGCUCUGUCAGAUAAAUACUUGUCGAAAGUGGGCUCCUAUCAAAAUUCAUUUCCAUUAUAAUCUUACUCAUACAUUAUUCACACCAUGUAAUUCUGAAAAUAUAUGCUCAUAUCUAGUUCUGCAUAAAAAUGACAGUAUUGACAUGUUAUAAAUAGUUUGUUUGUCUUUCUGUUUAUUUUCUUACAUUUUGCAGGGAUAAAGUGAAGAAAAAGAAGAAAAGAUUAC